CAUACCGGUAAUUCUGCACUUUAAACAUGUUACCUAGUCAACAGAUUGUUUCAGUGGCGUUCUUCGUGGCAGUAUUCUUCCCUCAAAGUUUCUGUAAGACGGAGAGAAGUUUAAUGCGCGUUUUGAGUGAAGAUAACGAAGUUACCGUUCGCAUAUACAGCGAUGGAGCUAACACUGUAACAGCGUAUUUCAUUGCCAAAGAUGAGCUGGUAGACUGUACUGUAAUGCGUGCAAACACCACCUUGGCCAACAUACUGUUUUCUGAGAGUUUGACUGACCAGACAAACGUCCAAUCCCUACAACAUCAGACCUUGUUAGAAAUGGACGUUCUGCGCUUGGCGAGAAGAUGUAAUAAAUUCCAUCGGGAUAUGAGACGAAAAUUGUUAAAUGACCCAUCAUCGGUUCCACGGCAAGUUAAAUCCAGGCAAUUGCUGAACUCGAAAAUCCAAGGAACCAGGUGGUGCGGGCGGCGUCCAGAUCCAAAAGCUAAGCUUUCUGAUGAAAAGACGGACGCAUGCUGCCGUGCUCUACACAACUGUAAGGAAAUCAUCCCAGGUAACAGCAGGUCACACGAGUUGUACAACUACGACAACUAUACGCUUCCGAGCUGUAAAUGCGUCCAUGCCUUCCGAAGCUGCCUGAAGAGAACCGACAGUGAAAUGUCAAAAACAGUUGGAGACGUGUUCUUCAACUCAUUUAAUUGUUUCGAAUUGAAGGAAAAACAAAAAUGUGUUUCUUGGGAUCGUUGGUUUAUUAAGUGCAAAAGACAUGAAAAAUCCAAGUUUGCAGUGAGAAAACAUGUUUCAAAUUUUUAA